UAAUUGUUUAUAUAGGGCCGCGCAAAAUUAACUUUAUGCAUUUCAAAUAAGUGCAGUGGGACAUUGUACAAAUAUUUAAGAACCAUGAGCGCCAACGAGGAGUUAAUUGCUGCAGAAGCUGGAAAGCUUUCUCUCGACGAAAAAAAACCAAGCAUUGCAGAAAGUACAUCAUCUUCCUCUUCGUCUUCAUCAGGAUCAUCGUUAUCUUCAAAACACCACUGUCCUUGUGCUCGCAUGAAAAGUCGUCCCUGUUGUAACCAGUCCUUCGCAGGAUGUCAUUUUAUGCCGCAACCCUGCAUGAUGAUCCCAUGGGGUGCGUUCUACGUAGCACCUCCGUGCUGCUGUAUGCAACCACCAAGGUGUUGUGCUGCUAAGUGUAAAUGUUCGAAGAAAAGUUCUAGCAAGGACAGCAAAUCCGACAAAGACGACGACGCUCCUGCGGAGCAAUCUGAAGAUAAAUCGUGCAACUGUUGCAAGGAAGGAAAAUGUGAGUGUUGCAAAACCGGCAAAGAUUGUGGGGCAGAUGAUGAUAAAGAUAGUGUGAAAAGUGAGAAAAGUGCAAAAAGCGACAAAAGUGACGAUGACGACGACGGAAAGGGAGACGACGGAAAGGGAGAUGACGACGGAAAGGGAGACGACGACGACGACGACGGAGACGGAAAGGACGACGAAGACAAAGAAGACGAAAAUGGUGAAGGAUCCUCAGUAGCACAAUUAAUUCGGCAAUUUUCUAAAGAAGUGUGAAAGGCGUCAAUAAGUAAAUUGUUUUUGUUCACACCUCUGCGGAAAGUGGGUCGAGUUUAUAGUUGGUAAAAGGGGAUGUACUUAAUGUUUGUUAGAUUUAAGAUAACGUUGUUUGUCAAUAUUUGUUUGUUGUGUUGCAUAAGUUAUUUACGAGCGGGGAAGAAUCGUUAUAAAAAAUUCCAGCAAAUAAAUCUUUGAAAGGUUUUAUUAGUU